CUCUUGUCACAUUCAUCAGCAUCAACCAAGGAGAACAUUGCGCUCUCUUUGGAACUCCCUCACCCUCUCCUUUUUUUUCCUGCCUACUUUUCAACACAUUCUCAUAUAGUUUGCAAUGUCAAACAUCAGUGCGAGCAAAACUGGCAUGGGGAGGCAACAUCAGCGACGGCAGAGCAUGCCUGCACCGGCGCCCAUCUCCACCAACGUCCAACCAACCAUCAUUGCAACUCCUCCUUCAGCAACGGGGACGGGCUUGAGUGCUAGAUUUCAUAGCCGUCAUCCAAUGAUGCUCCAUGGACCAAACAGCACCCUCUCAGACCGGAUUGAUAAGAUUCUUUCUUUUAUCCCAAGGAGGCGUCGCCAAAUCCGCUACCCCAUCAUCUUAGGCCUUGGUCUCUACGCAUUCUUGGUCUAUCUUUAUUUUCAGGACAUGUCAACCUGGUCUGCCAUCGCUGGCUUCAAGAUCAAGAACUGGGCGUUUAAUUGGGAUGUCAAGCGCUGUUCUUAUCGUAAAGACCCGAUGCUGUUCGUCAAGGACACUUCAACAGUUUUGGUGAUUUGGGAGAUGAACUGCAAAUUGCCUGACAUGGGACUUACUUGGGUCUCCUCCUCUUCUACUUCGUCAAAUCGUAUGGACAGUGGCAACAUCGGGAAUGUCGGUCAAGCCAUGACCAGUUUUCUUUCUAUCGACAAACUGCAUGUUGUUUACACUGCCACAAUUUCUGGAAUGCCCUCCGUCAACAGUAAUAUCACUUACUCCAUCAAUCCUCCGAGGGCUAUGUCGCACCUUUUCCGAUCUUAUACAUUUUCACACUUACCUAACCCACCUCUGCUGGCUGAUCGAGAGAUCGCUCGCUUUGGGGCCGUGUCCGACAAUCAAUGUGAAGUCGCUCAGUUUAUCAAAGUUCUCAAGGCCAUGACAGAGCAUCACAAAAUAGAUUAUCUUAUCCAUGCUGGCGAUGCCGUACAGGACUACAAUUCACUCGACAAUUGGCAGACAGAUUUUGCUUCGCCACUCUCGUACUUUAAAAUUGGUCAGACGACACCUCUGAUCUACACCCAUGGUAAUCAUGAUUAUGAUCCUCAGGGACUCUAUCAUUACACUGGCAGGCGUACAUGGCAUGCCUAUACUGUUGCUGGCAUUCGGUUUAUUGUUCUUGAUUCAAACCUUGACAGCCGUGAACAGGAUCGUUGGCUGGAAGAGGAGCUCAAAUCAGAGGCUUCUAGAAAAGCAUGGUUCAGGCUGGUCUUGGUCCAUAUUUCGCCUUACACACAGUACUGGGAGAAGAAUGCCUGGGAGAACAAGGGAGAAAAGCAAUGGGGAUCAUUCGUUAGAACACGAUAUGUACCUCUAUUUCAGCAGCAUAAUGUUGACCUGGUGAUUUCGGGCCAUCAACACAAUUACAUGCGUGGUCAAGAUGACUACAUGGUCUAUACUGUCAUUGGUGGUGCCGGUGGCGCAUUAGACACAGAGCAAGUCGAGGAUUAUUCAGUUUGGAAGGCUGGCAAGACCAAGUUUCGACACCAUUAUGUCCUCAUGAAGGUCACUGGCGAUCGUCGGUUGAUCUGGGAAGUUUAUGAUGCUGAUUGUGGGUCACGUCUAGAUGCAUUCGUUUUGCAUUCAAGAACAGAAGUAUGAUAAGCAUCAGGUUCUUUUCAUUUUCAAG